CACGAACUUCCUCUAUGCGCUUAACCUAGAUCCGUCCCUGGCAUAAUCACAAGAUGAGCGAUCACUCCAAAUACUACAUCACAGGAGCCUUUGUUCUGGGCGCAGUCGUGGCUGUGGGACUCCAGAGUCUGCAACAGCAUAGCCGGGAAGCAGCUGGGCACCAACAGGAGCAACAUCAGAUAGCUUUGCGCAGACUUUCCAAGAUCAAUGAUCUUGACACCUUGAAGAAAAAUCUCUCGGACAUAGAGAUUGCUUCGGGAAACAUCAAAGAAGGCAUCGAAGGAUGCAUCGGCGAUACGCCACUCAUAAAAAUCAAAUCUCUAUCAGAAGCUACCGGAUGUGAGAUAUUAGCAAAGGCUGAGUUCCUGAAUGGCGCCGGUAACAGCCCGAAAGAUCGGGUUGCGCUGAGCAUAAUCCAAAUGGCUGAAGAGAGAGGCCUUCUUGUUCCACACUCGGGCGACACCAUCUACGAGGGCACUGUAGGCAGUACAGGCAUAUCACUCGCAGCAAUAUGUCGAGCACGUGGCUACAAAGCACACAUCUGCAUGCCAAACGACAUGGCAAUCGAGAAAUCAGACCUGCUGCUCAAGCUAGGCGCAGAAGUAGAAAGAGUCAAGCCCGCGCCAAUUGUAGAUCAAAACCAGUUCGUUAAUUUGGCCCGAACACGGGCAAAAGAGCAUACCGAUAGCAAUGAAAAGCCUGGAAGGGGCCUUUUCGCAGAUCAGUUCGAGAACGAAGCCAACUGGCGCGCGCAUUUCACAGGCACAGGACCGGAGAUUUACGAACAAACAGGUGGUGCCGUGGAUGCGUUUGUUAGUGGAGCAGGCACCGGAGGUACAAUAUCUGGGGUCGCCCUCUUUCUCAAAUCAAAGCUCCCGGACUUCAAGGUUGUGCUUGCAGAUCCCCAGGGUAGUGGCUUGUUUAACAAAGUGAAGUACGGGGUCAUGUUUGAUCCCAAAGAAAGAGAAGGUACAAGGCGGCGGCACCAGGUCGAUACCAUAGUGGAAGGCAUCGGGAUCAACCGCGUCACGCACAACUUUGAAGUCGGCCGCGAACUGAUCGAUGAUGCUAUCAGAGUAACGGACGAGCAAGCCACCAGCAUGGCUCGGUGGCUGGUAGAGCAUGACGGCAUUUUCGUUGGCAGCAGCAGUGCUGUGAAUUGCGUCGCUGCAACAAAGCUCGCCAAGCAACUGGGCCCAGGUCACAGAAUAGUGACCCUGCUUUGUGAUAGCGGUGCAAGACACCUCAGCAAAUUCUGGGCCAAUAAAGACGUUGGUGGAGCUGAGAACGACGUGUCAUUGGACAAGAUCUUGGCUUCAUGAACCUCUACAAGCGCCUUGACGCCCACCAAAGCCCAUGUCUCCGGAACAGCUUCUAGAUUACAACUAGAUUUUCGCGCAGACGGCACCUCAAAGCCUUGCUAUCUCCACAGCGUAGACAGCAGACAAGCCAGAUUGCCACAUCACGAGAUGAACCCCGGCUAGUGCUUCGCAAAUACGGCACAAACGCCUCCAGCGUCUUCACUAAAUACCUCGAAGAAGCCGUGCAUCACAUAAAUAGACUUCCUGGGGCGUGAUUUGUGGCAACUAUUCACGGCUGGCGGGCUUGCUUAAUGGACAUGUCACAAUGGAACAAAGCCGUCGACACACUUCACACUUUCCAGCCAUGUCUGAGCAGUGAUAAAGGUCUAAAAACGAGUUUCCACAACUGUCUUUGUCUGAUUGUCUCCAUGAAUAAACACAAGCGACCUAGACCUCUCCUCAUAUACUGGCUUUCGCAACCCCAUACAGCACCAAGAAGACCACCUCUCGAGC